AUUAGUAAACAACUAUCAUAAUUUAAUUACCUUUUAGAAUUUUACAAUAUAAUAUAAUGCAGUUGCUCCUCUAAAACAUUCCUUGUAUACUAAUCUUCGUAUAAAAAAAAGUGAUGCAGAAAUCUUUGUACCUAAUGCUUUAACGCGUAGACUUUUCUCCAGAAAAAAACUUGGCGGUGCCAUUGCAGCACAAAUCUUGAAAUUGUCCAUUCCUCAAACCCCAAAAAAAGUGACAAAGGAACAAGAGUUGUUUGAGCUGAAUCAAGAAUGGAUCUGCCAGCAGAAGAGCUUCAAUUCUUGACUAUACCUGAUAUUUUUCAAGAAUCAAUCUCCAUACCUAAGAGAUCUCCAAAAACAUUCUACCUUAUUACCCUUACUUUAGUAUUUCCUUUAUCUUUUGCAAUCUUGGCACAUUCUUUGUUCACUCAUCCAAUCAUUACUCAGCUUCAACAAAACCCAAAUUCAUCUCAUGCUUCUCAAUGGACAAAGCUCAUUGUUUUUCAGUUUUUUUAUCUGCUUUUCUUGUUUGCUUUCUCUUUGCUUUCAACUGCUGCUGUUGUUUUCACUGUAGCAUCAAUUUACACUGCAAAGCCUGUCUCUUUUUCAUCUACCUUAGCUGCAAUUCCCAGUGUUUUCAAGAGGCUUUUCAUUACCUUCAUAUGGGUUUCUCUUUCUAUGUUGGCUUAUAACACUGUUUUCUUGAUUUUUCUUGUGCUUCUCAUUGUAGCAGCAGAUACCCAGAAUGUGGUUUUGUUCCUUUUCUCCUUUUUGGUUGUCUUUAUACUCUUUCUUGUAGUUCAUGUUUACUUCAGUGCAUUGUGGCAUUUAGCCAGUGUGGUGUCUGUUCUUGAGCCUAUUUAUGGUAUAGGAGCUAUGAAGAAGAGCUAUCACUUGUUGAAAGGGAAGACAGGAAUGGCAUUUUUCUUUGUUUUUGGAUAUUUGUCUAUUUGUGGGGUAAUUAAUGGGUUUUUUGGGUCUGUUGUGGUGCAUGGAGGUGAAAGUUAUGGUGUGAUUUCAAGGAUUUUGAUUGGUGGGUUCUUGGUUGGAGUAUUGGUGAUUGUGAAUCUUGUGGGGCUUUUGAUGCAAAGUGUGUUUUACUAUGUUUGCAAGAGCUACCAUCAUCAAGGGAUAGAUAAGACUGCUCUCUAUGAUCAUCUUGGUGGAUACCUUGGGGAGUAUGUGCCUCUGAAAAGCAGCGUGCAGAUGGAGAACUUAGAAGGCGGUCCCUUGACGCCAUGAUGCCUCACCAAACCUCUGCAUUGCCGUAGAACUGAUUCCUUUUUUUCCCCUCAAGGAUUGGAAUGGUAAUCUUCUAUGAUAGUCUAACUAGCUUCACUCCUUUUUGUGGGGCAGUUUACUUGAAAAACAAAUAAAAGAAAAGGCGAGGAAUCGCCUCAUUGGACAGAAAAGCUCACACUUCAUUGUGUGUCUUUUGUUAGGAAAUUGGUGGGGAGAAGAGAGGGGGAAAUUCUCAACCUUCACCAUAUUAUAUUAAGUGUGUAAGUGAAGGAACUGUCUUGGACUCAGUUUUGUGAAAUAUUCUUUUGACGGUAAUAUGCUAACAAAAUAUGUUCUUUGCUUCUGGUUAUGCAGAACUUCAGUUUAAUUUAGUGUACACCACUUAAACUAGUGAAAUAGUUUUGCUAGGAAGUCUCACAGCAUUAUGUGUACUAACUUAAAGCAGCUAUCCAUGUUUUAGUCUUUCCUCCUUUCUCCUUUUCACUGGAUAUUAGUCUUUUGGGAUAAUGGUCAAAAUACACUUGAACUAUCACUUUUUUCGCGAAUUUUACAUCCCAUCUAUCAACUAUUUCCUUUUCCUAUCUGAACUAUCACCAUCUAUGUAUUAAAACACACCUAGUUGAGUAGAUGGUGAUAGUUCAGGUAGGAAAAGGGAACAAUUGAAAGUUGCAGCUACUAGAAAAUAUUGAACAAUUAUAUUGAGAUGGAGUGAUGUACUUGGGUAAGUGGGUGGGGGUUGAAAUCUAAGCUACUUCGAUGGAGUGAUGUCCUUGGGUUACCUCCACAUAGCCUCCAAUGUCUGGAUGGUCCUCUUUGACUGGCCAUAGGUCUGAGGACAAAAUGUUGUGCUAAGUACUCUGCUACCGAAAGCCUUUUGGAUGCUCUGCCACAAGGCUAAAGUGAACCCUGGAUAUUUGAUUGAUACUAUGGAUGAUGGUAUCCUGUGUAGGCUCACUAUCUCAUUAUGGAACAGUAUUUCAGUAUGUAUAUGUUGGCUAGGUCUAAGAAACUCAGAGAUGUCACAAACCCAAAUUGGAAAAAAGAUAUAUAUAAUGUCUUUUUGGCAUAACAUGGUAGUUGUAGAUGAAGCUGAAAAGUUUUCUUGAUUUCUUAACUGCCCUAGAGGAGUAGCAAAGGUAGGGGUGGACGUUAGGUCGUUCAGAUUGGAUAUGAAAAUUUCAGUUUGGAUUUUCCGGUUCUCAGAGUGAAGAAAUUACAAUCCAAAUAAACUCGAAUUGGAUUCGAUUUUUUUAAGUUCGGUUUUGGAUUAAAUGGUUUGGAUGUUUUUGACUUUUCAGUUUCGACUUUAGAGCCUUUGGGGCAGGCCAUAACAAUUAACAACCUCAAUUCGCCUAAUAGUUUGCUCCUUAUAAUGUAUAGCUUUCUACCGUUAACAAGGAUGGAGGCCACCCUGCUGUCCAUGCCGUGUAAUUCCAUAUUGAACUUACUAUUAUAAUGGGUAUGGCCAUAGGUAUUAAUCUAAUAUCUAUUGGAUCUUUGGAAAUUGGAUUUAAUAGCAUUGGACACAUUUGAUAUGGGUAGGGCUGAAUAUAAUGUAUAAAAUUUUUGGUUGGAUAUCCAAAAUUCCGUAGUACUAAAUCCGAUAUCCAAUCCAUAAUCCAAAAAGUUUGGACUGCGGGUUGACCCAAACUAAGCCCACCCCUAAGCAAGUGUUCUGCAUAUACAAUAAUUCUUAGUUCUAUUUUGUGUUGAUAAAAUUGUUUAUUUAGAUGCAAAGGCAGUGGCUUUCGACAUAGAAAAAGAACAUCUAGUGGCAAUUAAAAUCAGAGACUAAAGUUCAAUUUUACUUUGAGAAAUUAAAGCGCACUGGAAUAACAUGAUUGUAGUACAAUUUGAGAUUUCCUUCAGGAGCUACUAGUCCAAUAUUGACAAUUUGAAUUACGUGAUCAUACUACAAUUGGAUUUCCUUCAAAAGGAAACUAGAUAUCCAUUUUGUGAAGUAGCUUGAACAGUUUAGUUACUUAGUUCCACAGUUCUAAUUGGCUGUGAGCAUGUCAAUGGACCUUUAGUUAUGUCGGGUUAUAAUCAUAAUAUAGUUUUGGAAGAUACACUCAUGAUGAAGCUAGCUUAAAGAACAAGAAGUAGCUUGUAAGAGGAUUCGGAAAGACUUGCAAGAAAAAAGGAUUCGAGGAGGAAUAUAGCCUUCUUUACAUCAAACCUUAGCUAACAGAACUAUCUAUUACGAGCUCAUUUGGAUUUGGCUUAUUUUAAGUGCUUUUAAGCUAAAAUAGCUUUUAAGCAUUUUUGGAGUGUUUGGGUAAGUUUAAAAAAAAGUGGCUUAUAAGCACUUAGUUUUAAGCUAAAGUACUAAACAUAAGCCAAAAAUGAAAAACCAAUCCAAACAGGCUCUAACUCAGAACCUGGCAGUUACUGCCACUGCAGAUGCUCGCUCCUGCUAAUUCUUGUGCAUUUUCCUGGUAUUUGGACGUGGAUCUUGCUGUUGGGUUGGCCUCCUGGAUUGUCAAUGUUUUCUGGUCAAGCCUUCUACUUAUGAUGAAACAGUUAUCAAUCCUGCAAUACAUAGAUCCAGAAAGUCUUUAUUCUCUUUUGGAUAGUGGUUCUAUUUCAAUGUCUUUAGAUUCAGUGAAAUCCUGUAGGGGUACAUUUUGGACAUUGAUUGAAGUUCUUUCAGCAUGUUCAACAUAUACAAUAUGCUACUAUAUAGUGUGGUUGGUCCUGGAGGCAUUGAACAUUGUACGGUAUGCAACAAUAAGUCUAAUAUGUCCAUGGAGCACUUAGUUUCUCUUGAGAACUUGUUUUGGCUCAUAGAGUGAGAAGUUUGCUUUUGUGUUUCUCUGUGAUUUGAUUUCAACAUGGUUACCGUCGAUUUUGUUGUUUCUCCUUGAUGAACUUGCAUGUAAUUAGCCCGACACAUUUAGUUCAGCUGGAUGUGGGUAACAUGACAUGAGAAAGGAGAUAUAUGUUGGCAUCAUCAUUAUGCAUAGGUAAGUUGCAAUGGCAAGGAUAACAAAAUUUCAAGUCAGUUGCCACCUGAUGUCCUUUGUUUUGGACACUUCCAAGCAACGUACUGGCCAAGACGGUCAGUCUUACAUGACAAUGGAAAUGAUGUGAGGAAUGCCUCACUACUAAGAAUUGAAAGUUUUUUAAAAAGGUAGGGGAAGACGCUAGGGUGGUGUUGUGAAAAGGGAUCUUGGCAUAUAAAUGUAAGUUUAGUUAUAGAUUCAGAGAAAACGUAUGAUAGCUAAAUAAAAUGCUUAAACUGGCGGAAAUUUGAACUAUCCGUUUGAUGGAUGAUUUGGAAUGAACAACGUUUUUCACUCUCCUAUAUGGUUUCUUCAUUGUUUUAAAAGGCAUUAAUAAGUUUUCUGCAACUUGUUAAUGUUUUUCUGCUAAUUUUUAUUUUGCCUAUGGAUCUUGUGUGAGAUUUCUUCUGUAAAAGUGUAGUUGAAAUUGUGUUUC